CCCUCCCUCCUCUUCGCUCUUCACCUCUCUGCUUCAUCUUUAUUCUCUUCUCCCCCUUGCUUCUUAGAUUCUAUUGUCGGGGACUUUUUCAAUCUUCACCCAUGCUUGAGCUUCUAAGCUGUGACGAAGUUUUGUAGAUUCAUUCAUCUCGGUUUCUCCUUCUUCUUCCACGCUACGGUUUUCCAAUCUUGUUUGUUCUGCAUUUAGAUGGAUCAGGAGAGACUUAGGAAGAUUGCCAGUGCUGUCCGCACUGGUGGAAAGGGUACAAUGAGAAGAAAGAAGAAGGCAGUUCACAAGACCACCACAACUGAUGAUAAAAGGCUUCAGAGCACCCUAAAGAGAAUUGGUGUGAAUGCCAUUCCUGC